AUGGAGCCAUCUUGGACAGCGGUCCUGAUCCUUCUCCUGAGUGUUUCAUGCGGGGGGUCAGACUGGGAAUCAGAUAGAAAUUUCCUUUCAGCGGCUGGCCCUCUAACUAAUCACUUCCUGCACAACCUGAGCUACCUCCGGGGAAACCAGAGUUCUCAUUUUGCAGCUGGGAACAAGGAGGUGUAUACCUGCCGCCAGCCACUGCCCUCUUUCCUGCCGGAGUACUUCCGGAGUCUCCACGCCAGUAAGGUCACCCAUUAUAAAGUGUUCCUGUCAUGGGCACAGCUGCUCCCUGCAGGACGCUCCAGGAACCCCGACGGGGCGAUGCUGCAGUGCUACAGGCAGCUCCUGGAGGCCCUCAGGACCGCGCAGCUUGAGCCCAUGGUCGUCCUGCACCACCAGACUCUGCCCCUGAGCGCUCUCCAGAGAAGCGAAGUCUUCGUUGACCUCUUCGCUGACUAUGCCACCUUCGCCUUCCAGUCCUUUGGGGACCUGGUUGGGAUCUGGUUCACCUUUAGUGACUUGGAGGAGGUGAUAAUGGGGCUUCCCCACAAGGAAUCAAGAGCUUCACGUCUCCAAACCCUCACUGAUGCCCACCGAAGAGUCUACGAGAUUUACCAUGCAAAAUACGCUUCUCAGGGUGGAAAGCUCUCCGUGGUCCUCCCUGCCAAAGACCUAGAGCUGCUGCUGGAACCGGCCACAUCUGCAUUCGCCAAGGAUUCAGUUGAUUUCCUCUCUCUUGAUUUGUCUUACGAAUGCCAAAGCGAGGCAAGUCUGCCAGAGAAGCUGAGUAAACUGCAGAGCAUUGAGCCAAAAGUGCAAGUUUUCAUCUUCACUCUAAAACUUCAGGAUUGUCCCUCUACCAAGAAGAACCCUCCCGGGCUGCUCCUCAGCCUUUUUGAGGCCGUAAACAAAGACCAAGUACACAUCGUUGGGUUUGAUGUCAGUGCGUUCCUGAGCUGUUCAAGUUCCAGGAAAAGCGUGUCGUGCUCUGUGACGGACGGCCUGGCCCUUCGGAGUGACCGGCAGCAGGACCACGACACGGCGGGUGGGCCCUUGUCCCCUGCCUCGGCCUAUCGGAGGGUCUGGGAAGCCUUUGCUAACCAGUCCAGGGCAGAAAGGGAUGCCUUCCUGCAGGACGUCUUCCCUGACGGCUUCCUCUGGGGCGUCUCCACGGGAGCCUUUAAUGUGGAAGGAGGCUGGGCUGAGGGUGGCAGAGGGGCCAGCAUCUGGGACCGGUACGGACUGAACGCCACCAAGGGCCAAGCGACCGCAGAGGUGGCUAGUGACAGUUACCACAAGCCAGCCUCUGACAUCGCCCUGCUUCGCGGGCUCCGGGCUCAGCUGUACAAGUUCUCCAUCUCCUGGUCCCGGAUCUUCCCCACCGGGUACAGGAGCAGUCCCAGCCCCCAGGGUGUCGCAUACUACAACAAGCUGAUCGACACCCUGCUGGACUCGCACAUCCAGCCCAUGGUGACGCUGUUCCACUGGGACCUGCCUCAGGCCCUGCAGGAGCUUGGUGGCUGGCAGAAUGAGAGCGUGGUGGAUGCCUUUGUGGACUACGCGGCCUUUUGCUUCUCUACUUUUGGGGACCGUGUGAAACUGUGGGUGACCUUCCAUGAGCCAUGGGUGGUGAGCUACGCAGGCUAUGGCACCGGCCAGCACGCACCAGGCAUUUCCGACCCAGGAGUGGCCUCUUUUAAGGUGGCUCACUUGAUCCUCAAGGCUCAUGCCCGAGCGUGGCACCACUACCACAGCCACCAUCGCCCCCAGCAGCAGGGACGCGUGGGCAUCGUGCUGAACUCGGACUGGGCAGAGCCUUUGUCUCCAGAGCAGCCUGAAGACCUGGCAGCCUCUGAGCGCGCCUUGCACUUCAUGCUGGGCUGGUUUGCACACCCCAUCUUUGUAGACGGAGACUACCCUCCCUCCAUGAAGGCCCGGAUCCAGCAGCUGAACGAACAGUGCCCCGGCACCGUGGCCCAGCUCCCAGCGUUCACUGGGGCCGAGAAGCAGCUCUUAAAGGGCUCUGCUGACUUUCUGGGUCUGUCUCAUUACACUUCCCGCCUCGUCAGGAAGGCCCAAGAGGGUUCCUGUAUCCCUAGCUAUGAUAACAUAGGAGGCUUCUCCCAACACGUGGACCCUGCGUGGCCCCAAACCGCAUCCCCGUGGAUUCGCGUGGUGCCCUGGGGUAUAAGAAGGCUGUUGCGAUUCGUAUCCCUGGAGUACACAAGAGCAAAAGUUCCCAUCUACCUGGCUGGGAAUGGCAUGCCCACAGGGGAAGGUGACAACCUCUUUGACGACUCCUCCAGAGUGACCUAUUUCAACAAGUACAUCAAUGAGGUGCUGAAAGCUGUCAAGGAGGACUCCGUGGAUGUUCGCUCUUACAUUGCUCGGUCCCUCAUGGACGGCUUUGAAGGCCCCUCUGGUUACAGCCAGAGAUUCGGGCUUCACCAUGUGAACUUCGAUGACAGCAGCAAGCCAAGGACUCCCAGGAAAUCUGCUUACUUUUUCACCAGCAUCAUUGAAAAGAAUGGUUUCCUCACUAAGGUCGUAAAAAGAUCGCCACCACCUAGUAUAGCAGAUUUCCCUUCCAAGAUUGGAAGCUUCAAUUUCCCAUCUGAGGUGCCCUCCAAGGCUAAAGUAGUUUGGGAAAAGUUCUCCAACCAACCCAAGUUUGAGAGAGACCUCUUCUACCACGGCACAUUCCGGGAUGACUUUCUGUGGGGCGUGUCCUCGUCGGCCUAUCAGAUCGAAGGGGCUUGGGACGCGGAUGGCAAAGGCCCUAGCAUUUGGGAUAACUUUACACACACACCAGGGAACGAAGUGAAGGACAAUGCCACUGGAGACAUAGCCUGUGACAGCUAUAACAACCUGGAUGCGGAUCUGAAUAUGCUUCGAGCUUUGAAGGUGAAGGCCUAUCGCUUCUCUAUAUCCUGGUCUCGGAUUUUCCCUGAUGGGACAAACAGUUUUAUCAACAGGGCUGGUGUUGACUAUUACAACAGAUUGAUUGACGGCCUGGUGGCAAGCGGCAUCUUUCCCAUGGUGACACUGUUUCACUGGGACUUCCCCCAGGCUCUUCAGGACAUUGGAGGCUGGGAAAAUCCCGCCUUGAUUGAGCUGUUUGACAGCUAUGCUGACUUCUGUUUCCAGACCUUUGGGGACAGAGUCAAGUUCUGGAUGACCUUUAAUGAGCCCGCAUACCAGGCAUGGUUUGGUUAUGGCUCAGGGUCUUUCCCCCCAAACGUGAAGGACGAAGGCUGGGGCCCUUACAAGAUCGGUCACGCAGUCCUCAAAGCCCAUGCCCGAGUCUACCACACUUACGACGAGAAGUACAGGCAACAGCAGCAGGGCGUCAUCUCACUGAACCUCAACACGCACUGGGCAGAGCCCAAGUCCCCGGGCUCGCCGAGGGAUGUGGAAGCAGCUGACCGACUGCUGCAGUUCACCUUGGGCUGGUUUGCCCACCCCAUUUUCAGAAACGGGGACUAUCCCGACGUCAUGAAGUGGAAGGUGGGGAACCGGAGUGAGCUGCAGCACCUGGCCACCUCCCGCCUGCCCAGUUUCACCGAGGAGGAGAAGCAGUACGUGAGAGGCACCGCCGACGUCUUCUGCCUCAACACCUACUCGUCCAGACUCGUGCAGCACACAACACCCCUGCUGAACCCACCCGCCUACCAGCAUGACCAGGAGCUGACCGAGGAGGAGGACCCCGAGUGGGUUGCCACGGCAAUGAACAGGGCUGCGCCCUGGGGGAUGCGGAGACUGCUGAACUGGAUCAAGGAGGAGUACGGUGACGUCCCCAUCUACAUCACCGAGAACGGAGUGGGGCUGACGAGUGCGGCGCUGCAGGACACCGACAGGAUAUUUUACUACAAAACCUACAUCAACGAAGCUCUGAAAGCCUACAGGCUCGAUGGUGUAGACGUUCGAGGGUAUUCCGCUUGGUCUCUGAUGGACAACUUUGAGUGGCUGCUCGGUUACACAGUCAAGUUUGGUCUGUACCAUGUUGACUUUGAGGAUGCGAACAGGCCACGCACAGCGAGAGCCUCGGCCAGCUACUACACAGAGGUCAUUACCAACAACGGCAUGCCGAUGCCCAAGGAGGAUGAGUUCCUGUACGGAGAGUUCCCCGAGGGCUUCGUCUGGAGUGCAGCUUCUGCUUCUUAUCAGAUCGAGGGUGCAUGGCGAGCAGAUGGCAAAGGACUUAGCAUUUGGGACACGUAUGCUCACACGCCCCUGAGGAUUGGAAACAACGACACUGGAGACGUGGCCUGCGACAGUUACCACAGGAUUGCUGAGGACGUGGCUGCCCUGCAGAACCUGGGUGUACCCUACUACCGCUUUUCCAUCUCCUGGACCCGCAUCCUCCCUGACGGAACCACCGCGUACAUCAACGAGCCGGGCCUGAACUACUACGAGCGGCUCAUCGAUGCGCUGCUGGCUGCCAACAUCAAGCCCCAGGUGACGCUGUACCACUGGGACCUACCUCAGGCACUCCAGGACGUCGGAGGCUGGGAGAACGAGACCAUCGUGCAGCGGUUUAAGGAGUACGCAGACGUGCUCUUCCGGAGGCUGGGAGACAAAGUGAAGUUCUGGAUCACACUGAACGAGCCCUUUGUCAUUGCUUACCAAGGGUACGGCGCCGGGGUGUCAGCUCCAGGAAUUUCCUUCAGGCCUGGAACUGCGCCCUACAAUGCGGGCCACAACCUAAUAAAGGCUCACGCCGAGGCCUGGCAUCUGUACAAUGAUACGUACCGUGCCAGUCAAGGUGGCGUCAUUUCCAUCACCAUCAACAGUGACUGGGCCGAGCCCAGGGACCCGUCCAACCAGGAGGAUGUGGAAGCAGCUAGGAGAUAUGUUCAGUUCAUGGGAGGCUGGUUUGCGCAUCCUAUCUUCAAGAAUGGAGAUUACUCUGAGGUGAUGAAGACGCGGAUCCGUGACAGGAGCUUGGCUGCGGGCCUGAACAAGUCUCGGCUCCCGGAGUUCACAGAGAGUGAGAAGAGGAGGAUCAACGGCACCUACGACUACUUUGGGUUCAAUCACUACACCACAGUCCUGGCCUACAACCUCAACUUUCCCUCUGCCAUCUCUUCCUUCGAUGCGGACAGGGGAGUUGCGUCCAUUACAGAUCGCACUUGGCCCGACUCUGGCUCCUUCUGGCUGAAGGUGACACCUUUCGGCUUCAGGAGAAUCCUGAACUGGUUGAAGGAGGAGUACAACAACCCUCCCAUCUAUGUCACGGAGAAUGGAGUGUCCAAGCGGGGGGACGUCGAACUGAACGACACUGCGAGGAUUUACUAUCUCCGCAGUUACAUCAACGAGGCUCUCAAAGCUGUGCAGGAUAACGUGGACCUCCGCGGAUACACGGUUUGGACUGUGAUGGACAACUUCGAGUGGGCCACGGGCUUCGCAGAGAGGUUUGGCCUGCACUAUGUGAACCGAACAGACCCUUCUCUGCCAAGAAUCCCUAAGGCAUCAGCCAGGUUCUACGCCUCCAUAGUCCGGUGCAACGGCUUCCCUGACCCAGCAGCAGGGCCUCACCCUUGUCUGCAGCAGCCCGAAGGCGCCGAACCCACCAGCAGCCCCAUGAGAGAGGACGUGCCGUUCCUGGGGCUGAUGCUCGGCGCCGCAGAAGCACAGACGGCUUUGUAUGUGCUCUUCGCUCUCAUGCUUCUCGGAGUCUGUGCUUUGGCAUUUCUACUGUACAAAUACUGCAGGCUCUCCAAGCAAAGGAAAACACAAGCAAGCCAACAGGAACUGAGCCGUGUUUCUUCAUUCUGACCGGUCCCCGCCUCCCCCAGUUCUGCAAGCAAGCCGACUUAGGGUUGCGCAUUCUGCCCGUCCUGGACUGCUCCGCUGAGGCUUC